AUGGAUAAAUUUCCAACAGACAAUUCAUCUAGUCCAUUUGAUGUCUCACCAGAAGCGCGUACACUUCGCGAUGUUGUUCAUAGUUCAAAAAAUACCGGAAGAAACUAUGGUAGUUUAGCAAAAUCUCAAAUUCAACCGAUCUUUUACAUAUCUCAUCGUGUCGAAUUAGACGAUACACUACAAAGAUUGGCAUUAAAAUACAGCAUUAACAUUCAAGAAAUUAAACGAGUUAAUCAAGUCUGGUCAGACGCUGAACUACGUUUACUCGAGUCAGUUUACAUUCCAGUCAAUGCUACUCAAUUAACAAGCCUUCAAAGUUUAUAUCCUUCAUUAGAAAUACUCCAGAAUUUACCUCCAAUAACCAAUCGUCGACAAUCAUCAAUCAAUGAAGACGCAACCUCAUCGAUGCGUUCAUCCGACAGCACAACUUCCAUUCCCACUAGCAAUACUUCAUCCUAUCAAGAUUACUUCUCAAAAAUCGAUCAACAAAUUCGAUUAACUAAGAAAUCUCUGCAAUCACUCGAUAUGAAUCCACAAGACUCAAAUGUACAAUCGACGUUGGAGUCGGAUAUAACUUCGACUCGUACGACAAUGCGAAACAAUGAUCGACAUCGAGGUGCACAUCAUCUAUCUGAUAACAGUGUAUUUGUUAAUAUCAUGUCUCAAAAUUCUCGUGAAAAGUAUAUCUCAACAGCACUUCAACGAAUUCAACGAGAAAAGGAUAACUUCGAUGAACUUUGA